UGAAAACGAAAACUGUCAAUCGGUAGACUUUGUAGUCUGUUGAUUGGAGGCAAAAAUCUAACCAAGAAGAGAAGUGACAGGAAGUAACAUCUAUUUCCAAACAAAAUUGAAGUGGAAAUCUCUGGAAGUUUGAAGCCUAUAUUCAAAUUGAAGUGAAGUCAUGGCAGACAUUAAACCAGAAGUUAAGCCUACUGAGGAACAGCAAAACUUUGCAGUAGGUACAACAAGUGACCCUAAGAAUGUACAAGAGUUGACUCAAUAUAUUCAAACAUUGCUUCAACAGACCCAAGACAAAUUCCAGACCAUGUCAGAACAAAUCAUCACAAGGAUAGAUGAAAUGGGGAACCGCAUCGAUGAUUUGGAAAAGAACAUCUCAGAUCUAAUGACCCAAGCAGGUGUCGAAGGAGCAGAAAAAUAAGUCCUUCAAGAUUUAGCCUAUUUGACUUGAAAUUUAUCAGUGACUUAGUGUACUUCUACAUACCUCUCACAUUUAAGAAUCAAGUAAUAUUUAAAUAGCAGUCAUGUUCAAAAGUGUUCCAAAUUUUUUUUGAUUACUCUAUUAGACUACUAUGUUAUUUAUUUUAUUAAUACACCUGUUAUUUUUUGAGUUUGUAUGAUAUAACACACUUUUAUACAA